ACUUAUUUUGACAAGCGUUUACACUCCAUAUUGAGGUCCAGGAAGACUUCUUUUGACAAGCGUUUACACUCCAUAUUGAGGUCCAGGAAGAUCUCUCUAUAUAUAUGUAUAUACACGUGUUUUAACUCCAUAUAGAGAUCAAUAAGAAGAUCAGAAGCUAUGAUGACCUUAUCUGCAGUUGUUUUGUUUCUAGUGUUCAAUGCUGUUGAAGUGCUUGCCAGAAGAUGUUUGUGGCACCCAACGUACAAUACUGACUCCAUUGCGAACUGUGACUGGGGUUGUUGCUAUUCGCAAAUAUACCCUUGCUGUGACACACCGUUCUAUGCCAGUACCCACUUCAUAGUUAUCAUGAGUAUUUUGGGAUUCGCCUUUUUCGUUGGCGUUCUUUAUGCCAUCUUGUCAAUUUUAAGGAGAAAAUGUCAUUGUGUGACCACCGUCCAGGAUAGCAGCAGCCCGGAGUUACAGGGGAUCCGGACGACACACGACGUCACAGGACUUUGAUUCACACGGAUAUAUCAAGACCCAGUCAAAUUUAGCAGUUCUAUAAUGAAGAAAGAAAAAAAAAACUAUUGGCAACACAUUUGAAUAUUGAUCAUGAAGUGAAUCGGUGUUAAUAACUUGUGUAUCCAUGACAUUCUAAGUUGAUAAGAGUGAUGUUCUUUGAUAUAAGAAAACUUUUAUAAGCAUUAAAAUACAAACGUGAUAU